AUGGCCCUGGCUCAGCGUCUGAACGAACUCGCAGUUGCCAACUCCCAAGGCUUGCUCAACGAUGAUGAAUAUCGACUCUUGCGCCAAAGCGUCUUUGAGCAACAUGCGAGCACUGUCGUCGUCCCCGUAGAGGCUCCAGUCGUCCCUAUUGCGCGCGUGCAUGUCCAAGUCCAAGCUACUUCCCAAAGCCACCGCCGCCCAUCCUCCAAGCCCACUAAUGAUCCACCAAAGCCAUCGCCGCACGCUUUAGCGCGUCCCAAGUCGAGUGUCAACUUAGGGGUCGCCAACCUUAUCCGUAGAGCGACGGGGCGCAAACCUAACCCCUCGCCCGCUGUUCACGAUACACCCACGAACCGUAAAGACGCUAGGAAACCUAACGAACCAGUUGCCGUAACCCCUGUACCGAAGCGUAGCGUUGUGUUGCCGCGAUUACAUUCAAAGAAGCCUCCGGAGCUCCCACCGAUAUUCGUAGGCGGUUCCCAGCCGCUGUCAGGUUUACCCUCCAAGGGAUCAACUUCACAACUCGACGUACACUACUCGCUCCAGUCGCCCCCGCUCAGUCCGAGCAGUUCAUCAAUGUACUAUGCAUCGCCGACUUCCCCUCGCCAUCCCGAGAAUUCCUCCUCAAUGAAUGACGUCUUCGACGACGACAAUCUAGAAACAGCCAAAGACUUUCGCGCAGCCAUCGCCAUAACGGAAGACGAGGCGCUCAGGUUGAUCGAUGCCUUCAAUAAUCUUGAAUUGUCCACCCUCCGGCGUAUACAGAAGCAAAAUGCUCGGCGUCUACCGACUACGACCCCUACCCAUAUCGGAGUUGUUAUGGAAGGGCAGGAAUGGCGAGAGCAUCGUUUAGUACCUUCGCCGUCUUCUCCCUUGCUUAACCCCAGACAGCACCGGACAGCGCCUUCAGUUGAAAUGAGCAACAGCGACGGAAAGUCGCUUCGUUCGGUCCGUUCAGGGUCCUCACAUGCGACGAGCUUAUCCCAAUCGAGGUCAAUUUCGUCAUUACCCAAGGCCGCCCCCGCCAGCCCGCUCUCCUCUCAUUUUCGCGCACCUUCCUUCAGCUUAGCACGCAAAAGCUCCAUCUCGUCAACGUCCUCUAGAAGCACGUCGCUCUCGUCAUCAGGGAUGCUUAGCGUCUUAAAGCCUCUCACACACCAUCGCAGUACCAGUCGCUUGGCCCUACACCGGGAAACCGAUAGCCAGGCCAUGGCGUCCACGGAUACCAUCGCCCGCACCGCGCUUGAAGAUGCUGACGAAGAUCCCGAGCUUUCAGAUAUCCGGAAACGUCGCGAAGAUCUAAUCAACCGCUACACUGCGAGAAUAGAAUAUCUUCGAGCCAAACUGAAAAGCGCAGAGCUGCAUGAGAAACUUCUCAGGAAAUAG